AUGCCAAACGGUGGUGUUCAUGAACCGCGUCUAUCUGAAUUUACUCAACGACCUAGUGAAGGUCGUUUGGGUAAAUCAAUACGUAUUCGUUCAAAUUUCUUUGAAGUACUAUCAUUCCCUGAACAAAAUAUUAUUCAUUAUGAUGUUACUAUCACUCCUGACGUACCACCUGCUUUAAACCGAAAGAUUUACGAAGUGUUUGAACGUGAAAAUUUGGUCACUGCUCUUAAUAAUAUUCGUGUUAUUUUUGAUGGACGUAAAAAUGUUUUUGCUCCUCAAUAUUUACCAUUUGGUGAAGCGGCUACAUUUGAAGUCACAUUACCAGAAGAAGAUGGUACCACGUCCGCUAGAAGAGCUCCUAGAAUUUUCAGGAUCAAAAUGAAAAAAGCUGGUGAAAUAGUUAUGGGUGAACUGCAUAAGUUUCUUGAUGGUCAAAGUUCGCUCACUCCAAAUUGUUUAUCAGCAAUAAUGGUUCUUGAUGUUCUUAUCCGUCACCUUCCAUCGAUGAAAAACACUACCGUUGGUCGUUCGUUUUUUACAAAACAUGGAACUACUGCUCUGUCUGGUGGUGUGGAAGUUUGGCAAGGCUAUUAUCAAUCCGCCCGUCCUACAAAAGGAAAAAUGUUGAUUAACGUUGAUUUGAGUGCUACCGCCUUCUACGAAGCAGGUCCCUUGGUAACGAUAGUAGUAAAGAUAUUAGGACGCCGUUCUGUCGAUGACCUCCAUCGAGGAAUAAGUGAUAGGGAUCGUAUUAAAUUAGAAAAAGCUUUAAAGAAUUUAAAGAUUAGAGUCAUCCAUCGAGGCAAAGAAAAAUCUAAACGCCGUUUUAAAAUCAUAAAGGUCACUCCUACACCUGCGAAUCAGACCAGAUUCGAUAUGGGUGAUGGUCAAACUGUGGAUGUCGCAAAUUACUUUGCUAAAACUUAUAACUAUAGGUUGACUUAUUCGCACCUCCCAUGUAUUGUUGUUAAAAAAGACGUUUUUCUUCCUUUGGAAGUUUGUGAAGUCAUUGAGGGUCAACGUUAUACCCGCAAAUUUGAUGAUAAGCAAACUGCUGAUAUGAUUAAAUUUACAUGUCAGCCUCCUCAUAUGCGUGCUAAUAAAAUUAACCAAGGCGUUGAAAUUCUCAACUAUCGCGGUAACGAGUAUCUUCAACAAUUUGGAAUGAAUGUUUCCAAUGAUAUGAUUGUGGCACCUGCUCGUAUCAUUCCCACACCUACACUUCAAUACCAUCCUUCUUCCCGUGAACCGGUACUUGUUCCACGAGAAGGUUCUUGGAAUUUGAGAGACAAGAAAGUCGCCCAAGGGGCUACGCUCGGUUCAUGGUCGAUAAUCACCUUUGGAUCUGAUCAAGAAUUUCCCCUUCAAUCCGUUCAAGCAUUUUUGCGUGAACUAAUCAUCACAUGUCAAGAUAAUGGAAUGAACAUUCCAAAUAAAACACCACCAAUUAUGCACGCAAAUCCACAAGGAGAUGUUGAAUCCGUUCUUAAAGCAGCAUGGCUUCAUGCUGGUAAUGCGGCUAAAGCACAACCACAACUUAUUGUGUGUAUUCUUCCAAACACUGGUGUCCCUCUGUACGCAGAAAUAAAGCGUGUUACCGAUACAGUCAUUGGAAUUGCAAGCCAAUGCAUACAAAGUCGACAUAUGAUGCAAGCUAAGAAGCAAUAUUGUGCAAAUAUUUGUCUUAAAAUUAACGUCAAACUUGGUGGUAUGAACGUUUUUAUUAGUCCUUCACAAAUUCCUUUCAUCACCGAUUGUCCUACAAUUCUUAUGGGCGCUGAUAUAUCUCAUCCUUCUCCUG